ACAAAGAACAAAGUGAUCACUUAACAAAAACAAAUGGAAAUCAACAGAUUUCUGAGCUAAUAAGUAAGACCUCCUCGUAUGACACAGAAAAUACUUUGAGGAGACCAGUUAAUAUCCAAACAAAGCCUCUAACAGAGCUGAUAGAUCUGCAAGCACAAAAAUACUAUACAGUUAAAAUGGCUGUAAGGCCCGAUAUGAAGCCAGUACUUGAUCAGCUUUGCAAUUCCAUUCAGUCACUUCGUGAGAUCACACAACACAAGCGGUCAUUAUGUUUGAAAACAUCCAAACAUCUACCAGAUUUUUCUUCAUCCUUGGCAUCUAAGUUUAGCUCUUCCUCCAGGGUACUCCUUGCCUUUCUUUCUAUCAUGACUUUAAAGGAUGGCUUAAGCCAUUUAAAUACAUGUCAGACUGAGGCCAACCUAAGCAGUUCUGAGGCAAUGCUCAUGCUGCAGUCUCUACAGGACCUGGCAGUAAUAGAGGAUGCAGAACAUCUAAUGAUAAGUCUAUCUGACCUCUACAACUCAGCAUCUGUUCAGCUGCUUCAGAACUGGAAGGGCUUCCAAGUACUGAACAAUAAAGCAAGAAUUAGGGGUGGGAGUGAGUCCCAUCACAGGUCAAGUAUAGAGGAGGAAGAACAUUCAAUCCAAGUGCUGAUGGAACAUCUAGGUGUUCCUGAGAGAGUCCGAGAGGAGCUGGCAGCCCUCAACCAUGCAGAUGUAGAGUACAUGAUUUGCAAUCAGAUGGAAGACACUGACACAGUAAGUGAUUCACUCCCAGAGAGGAAUAUGAAUGGCGUUUCAGAGCACCGCUCGAAAGAGCAGAUGGUUAGUUUCUCAGAGUUUGUGCUGGAAGAUUAUGUGAGCAUCUAUGUUAAUUCAGUUAUUGACAGAGCUAUAAAUGCACACCUCACAGCAGGCUCACAGGCAAGACCUGAUAUGGACAAUCUUGUGAUCACUGAUAAAUACCAACGAGAUUUGAGAAAUGAGAUCUUUUCCAACAUUAAGAGAACUUUUCAGGGUGAUGCGAUACCUGACUCAGAUAUCUGCGAGGAUAUGUCAUCUAGUGAAUCUAGCUUUGAGGCAGAAAUGUGCCGAGAAAUGGGGUUAAAGAGAACAGGAUUGCAAGGAAUGGAGAAAGUAAGACGCAAGCGACAGGAAGAAGAAGAGACUGUCAAGAAACAUCAAGAAAAGGAAGAGAGACAAUGGGAAAUUGAUGAGGGAAGAGGUACAUGGGAAGAAAGUAGUUCUGAAGUAGAGAAGACAUUAUUUAAAAAAGAAGUUGUCAUAGAAAAAGCGGUAAAUGAUAUCGAAAAAAUCAUAGACACUGUUGAAGAGGAAGGAACUAAAUUAUCAGAGGAGUCACUUAUUACCUGUACAGGAAAACUAAGUUUCUCUGUGAAAGAAAAGUUCCGCCAACUGGAGGAGAACGAGAGUGAGAUCUUUCCUGAGGAAAAGACUUUCAAUAAAGAAGAGAAUCUUACUGUGAAAAGUCCUGGGCUGAAAGAUGUAGUAGAACAGAUAUAUUCAAAAGAGAAGAUUUCAGGACUUUGGAACAACGAGAGGGAUGUUGCAUUACCUGAGGUGCAAGGUAUUUCUCAUUUUGAUCAUAUUGAAUCAAAUACAGAAGUGGAUGAAAUACAACAUCAAGACUUGUGUAUGGAAAGUGGGACUUAUUCAGAAGAGGAACAGGUGAUCCUAGAAGCGCCAGAAUGCUACACCAUCUACCAGGAGGACUUUGAGGAGAUGUCUAAUGAAGCCACAGAGUGGGAGGAAAAUGACAUUAAUUUUAAGGAAGAAAUAGCAAGCACUGUUGCAAAGCUUAUCUGCAGUCUACAGGACCAGGAAAAAUCAGUGUGUAAGAGACCUUAUAAUACAGCACAAACAUUUGGCGAACAGCUCUUGAACCACAUCAAUGAACCAAAUCUAGAGGCAGCAGAGAUUACCAAAACCACAGAUAGGGCAUCAAUGGAUUCAGUCUCAUCCUCAUUAGCAUUCAGCUAUGAUUCCAAGAACAGUGCUUUGGCAAAAGAUUCAGAGGUACACAUUCAGACCAACAAAGUGAAAUCCAUCAGAGACAUGUUUCUAGCUAAGAACACUACAGACAUACAGCAGAGACAGACACAGCCGAGAAGCCCAAGUUCUGAUUCGGCAGAAUACCAAUUUGAAUCUUCUGACAAAAAAGAACACCAAUCCUCAGGCGAAUCAAGAGAAGAGGAAGAUCCAUGCAAGUUGUCUAUUGCCAAAGGUUACGUAAAAAGUACUAUUGAGCGGCUUUAUGGACAAGGCUCUAAAGGAUUUAGUUCUGAUGAGAAGAGAUCUUCUUCAGCCCACAAAGUCAAGAAAAGAGAAGGCCUUAAAGGUACAAAUUCCCCCAGGCUGCCCUCAAUCAAUGAGGCUCACACAAAUGCCAUACAGGAUUUGUCAUACUUUAAUGCCACAAGCACAAGAGACGGCUUCAAUGAGCCAACGCAUUGCGUUACUCUGAAUGCCAGGGUGGGACCAAAUGAUGCAGUCCUAAUUGAUAAGGGUCGCUGGUUAUGCAGGGAAAGCCAAACGAGUCCGAAAUCGUGUCCAGAGAAUGAAGACACACUCAAGCAUGUAAAGUCAGAGCAGGAUUCUGGGAAAGAGGAUAUUCCAUAUUCCCUAUUUGGCCAUUCUCCUAUCAUACCUGACAAGGAUUCGUCUCUCACAGAACAAGGGGAAAACACCGGGUGCCUAGGGAGGACGUUCACCUACUUUCACCUUCCAAAUGCCAAUGAUUCAGAGAUACAGCCAGAAGAGCAAAACCCUGACCCUCCAGAGGGGAAAACAGAGAUCAAGGGUAGUCCUUUUACAGAGCCUCCUAAAUGUUGGGCUGAAAAACACAGCAUUGUGUCUGUCUUGACACCACCUUCUAAUAAGGUGCAUCCAAUCACAGAAACUACACCUCCAGUAGUUACCCAGCCAACUAAAGGACAAAGCACUGAAGUCACAAGACGCUCUGCAGAACCUGAUGCACUGGAGAUUAUAUAUAUGUUUUGUGGACAACACUGCCCCAUACUCUAA